CACAAACCCACGUUAAUCCAAAGCAGCACAGUGCUGAUAAAGAUGAGCUCUGUCAGAAGAGCAUCCCAAAGAAGGAGCACAGUGUGAAAGAAAUCCUGAAAAUGGAAUCGAAUCCUCCAAAAGGAAAAGACUUCUUCCAGACCAACAUUUCACCAGUUACUCCAGAAAAAGACUUAGAUGAUUUGCAUAAGAACUAUAGCCCAGAGAGGUGUUUCUUCCCUCGAGUUGUCUACCCGAUCCGACCUCACAUUCCAGAAGACUAUCUGAAAGCUUCCUUAUCCUAUGGGAUGGACAGACCCAGCUACAUUACUCACUCACCCAUCCAGGCGUCUACUACGCCGAGUCCUUCCGGGAGGAGCAGCCCAGACCAAAGUUUAAAAAGUUCAAGCCCUCACAGCAGUCCCGGGGUCACGGUUUCACCUCUGGCACCUACUUCCCAAGAGCACAGAGAGCCGUACUCUUACUUGAACGGAUCGUAUGGCUCAGAAGGAUUGGGGUCUUACCCUGGAUACGCACCCCCUGGCCACCUCCCACCUGCCUUUCUGCCAUCCUAUAACCCCCACUACCCCAAAUUCCUGUUACCUCCAUUCAACAUGAGCUGUAGUAACCUGAGCGCUUUGAACAAUAUCAAUGGCAUCAACAAUUUCAAUCUCUUCCCAAGGAUGUAUCCUCUUUAUGGCAACCUGCUCAGCGGAGGUAGCCUUUCCCACCACGUGUUGAACCCCACCACGCUCCCCAGUUCGUUGCCCAGUGAGGGAGGCCGUCGCCUGCUGCAGCCUGAUCAUCCGAGAGACUUCCUCAUACCAGCACCCAACAGUGCCUUCUCUGUCACGGGCGCUGCUGCCAGCAUGAAGGACAAGCCAUGCAGCCCCACCAGCGGGUCACCCACGGCUGGUACAGCAGCCAGUUCAGAACACAUAAUGCAACCUAAACCUACCUCAGUGGUGUUGGCUGCCACCGGCGGUGAAGAAGCCAUGAAUCUCAUCAAAAGUAAGAGGAACGUGACCGGUUACAAAACCCUCCCGUACCCACUGAAGAAGCAGAACGGGAAGAUCAAGUACGAGUGCAACGUUUGCUCCAAGACCUUUGGCCAGCUCUCCAAUCUGAAGGUGCACCUCCGAGUACACAGCGGGGAGAGACCCUUCAAAUGCCAGACUUGCAAUAAAGGCUUCACGCAGCUGGCUCACCUCCAGAAGCACUAUCUGGUACACACGGGAGAGAAACCCCACGAGUGUCAGGUUUGUCACAAGCGGUUGAGCAGCACCAGCAAUCUCAAAACCCACCUGCGGCUCCACUCUGGAGAGAAGCCUUACCAGUGCAAGCUCUGCCCGGCCAAAUUCACCCAGUUUGUGCACCUGAAGCUGCACAAGCGUCUCCACACCCGGGAACGUCCCCAUAAAUGCAUCCACUGCCACAAGAGCUACAUUCACCUCUGCAGCCUCCAGGUCCACCUGAAGGGCAACUGCCCCGUCGCCCCUGCCUCCGGCCUCUCCAUGGAGGACCUGAAUCGAAUCAACGAGGAGAUCGAGAAGUUUGACAUCAGUGACAAUGCCGACAAGUUGGAAGAAGUGGAGGACAAUAUCGACUUAACAUCCAUCGUGGAGAAGGAUAUACUGACCAUGCUCAGGAGGGAAAUGGAAGGCGCUAAUCUGAAAGUAUCUCUGCAGAGGAACCUGGGAAAUGGUCUUAUCUCCUCAGGAUGCAACCUUUACGAGUCGUCAGAUAUGUCAGUUAUGAAGUUGCCUCACGGUCACCCACUACCUCUGUUACCUGUAAAGGUCAAGCAAGAAACAGUCGAACCAAUGGACCCUUAAGACUUUUUGGCAAAGUGAUUUUU